GACAAAAGUAGUAACAUUUGCAUCUUUAGAGGUGAAAUUGCUCGUUUUGUUGUGUGGCAAAUGGCAAUGGCUGCCGCAAUUUGGGCAUCUUCUUCUUCGUUCGCUCGAUCUCUCCGGCCUCUCCUCAGUUGGAACUCGUCUCUCUCCCCUAUCAACUUCACUCUUCAUCGAUAUAAAUCAGCUAACUGUUUAUUUUUCUCCGCAAGCAGUAAUAAACCUCCAAAAUUGGCUGUUUACGCUCAAGCUAGGCGAGUUUUAUCUUCCAAAACCAAAGGAGAUGAAAUAGCUACUCCUGCUGAUUUGAGCUUCGAGGUGCCAUUGAAAAUUGUAGAGUAUCCAGACCCGAUUCUAAGAGCGAAGAAUAAGAGGAUUGGCAAAUUUGACGCUAAUUUGAAGAAGUUAGUUGAUGAAAUGUUCGAUAUUAUGUACAAAACUGAUGGCAUUGGGCUGUCUGCACCACAAGUUGGAAUGAAUGUUCAACUUAUGGUAUUUAAUGCAGCUGGUGAACGAGGAGAGGGGGAGGAGAUUGUUCUCGUCAAUCCACGUGUCAGUAGAUAUUCUAGGAGGAUUAUACCUUAUGAAGAAGGUUGCUUAUCUUUUCCAAUGAUACAUGGUGAUGUUGAGAGACCGGACUCAGUUAAGGUUGAUGCACAGGACAUUAAUGGUGCAAGGUUUGAGAUAAGCUUGUCUGCUCUUCCAGCACGAGUCUUCCAACAUGAAUUUGAUCACCUACAGGGAGUUCUUUUCUUUGACAAAAUGACUGACGAAGUCCUGGACACCAUCCGUGAAAAAUUAGUGGCGCUAGAAAAGAAAUAUGAAGAGAGGACUGGGUUGCCAACCCCUGAAAGCAUAAAUACACGAAAAACAAAGAAGGCUGCUGUUGGAUUUGGCAAAUCAUGAAUUUACUGAAAUCUAUGAGAUCUUCUCAGUAUUUGUAUGAUGAAGCACAAAAUGGGAUUGCCAGCUUUUGCUGAACUUUGGUAUGCCAUUAAUUUAGACACUUGUGCUUUAUGAAACCUGCCAAAAGUGUGGCCUCUGAGGUUUAUCCUUCUACUGAUACUGCUCUGUUCAGGAAUGAUAGGGUUACCACAGAAAUUUGUAUGGAAAAAGAACUGU